AUGCCUGCUGGAACUGUAUAUGGUUAUAAUUCGAAAUCGCGAGCGAAAAAGCCUCGAGCGUUCUGUCACCUUUAUGACCUCAUCAGGACUAUUCUUGAGCUCGCAGCUCAAAUCAAUGACCGCGCUUGGGUUGCCCAUAGUUCCAAGCAACAGCACCUUCCCGGCGAGAGAGUCAAACCAAACUCUUCAUGCCCUGAUUCCUUUCUCUACCUGAUUCCGAACUUGAGGCUCCUGGAAGGGAUGGGAUGGGAACAGCUUCUUUGCGUUGGCGAGGUAAAGAACAAAAAGACUGAGAAGGCCGAGCUGGAUAACUGGGUCAAGGUGGUUUGGGGAAUGCACCAUAUUAUGCGGAACGAUCCGUGCCGGCUCUUCACAUUCGGAUAUACCAUGGAAGACGACCAAGCGAGGCUUUGGUAUCAUUCGCGGUGA